GACGGUACGUUUUCAGCGUUCCAAAUUUAAAUGUUGAAGCGCAGCAGUGCGGCUCCCGUACGACCGCAGCUUCCUGAUGCACGAUGAGCGAGGCGCUAUCCAGGCCCAGCUAUCCCGUCAAUCUUAAGCUACUUUUGAUGCUUCUUGUGCACGUGCGCCUGCAGCGUAUACAUUUCGGCCGCCGAGCGUGCUGCGAAUGGCGAGAAUCAGCUUGCCCCAUUGGCUAUCACACAUCGAGCAGAAGCGGAGGCAUCUCAUGCCACUAUCAAGACUGCCGGUAUUGUAGAGAGUGUGGAACCGUAUUUUCUAGCGCAGUUGUGCGCCAUGACUACAAAAAUCAAGCCCGUGGUUGAACCACCGUCGAGCACUAUUCGGUUUCCCGCACCCAUUGGCGGCGUCCCGCUCGCCCACGACUUUGCUCCAAGCGUCCUUUUCGCCUGCCUCUAUGGCCUACUCGCCUUCCUGGGUUUUUAUCGCAUAGUGCGAAGCGCAUCUCGCAGUCUUUUGGUAUUCUCGUUACUUGCGUUUAUUGUUGAAAGAGUUGUCAUCUGGUCCCUCCGAGCCGAACAAGCGCGGACGCCGUCUGAAGAUUUCAGCCGCAGCCUUACCAUCUACUGGCAAAUUACGUUCAGCGCCGGCUUCCUUAUGCCACACAGCAUUACCCUCAAUCUGAUGCGAUGCGUCGUCGUCGGCACGACAAAAGGCAUCUCCUCGACGUUGAGGUCUUCGUCCACGAUCAAAACGGAGGAGGUGGGGGGCCUGAGCUCCUUUGUGAACACGUCGAAGACGAGCGUUGCAGUUCCGCGCCUUGGACAUGGAGCGCAGGAGGACCAGCCUCAGAAGCGGGCCAUGUACCGACGUAUAUUCGGCUUGAUCGCUCUGCAAACUAUCGUGCCUUUCGUCAUCAGCGUGGUAAUGGGCAAUGGUUACGUCGACGCCGAGACGGAUGCAACGAAAGUAUCGGCCAUCCAGACUCUCAGAUAUGUUAUCGCAGCCCUCGCCUUGGCCCUCAUUCAGAUUGGUCUCGCUCUGUCGAUUUGGGCGAUACUCACGGUCCCUCGUAUCGCGCGAAAAGUAAUACUGCUGUUUGCCCUCGAGACUACCCUUACGGUGAUUCCAAUAUAUCAUCUCGUCAUCAUGACCAACUCUACGACGUCUCUGACCUCUACAACCUCCGGAUCGCAAAAUACCCCUGGGGAGAAGGCUGCGUUCUACGUAUUUCAAGUACUACCGGAGUUUGCGCCGUGCGUUGUUCUCCUCAUUGUUAACAUGAAGACGAUGUUUGGGACAGGGAACUUCGGGGAUAGAAUCAUGGAUCCGAAAAAGAAGCCUACAGACCAGGAAGCGGCGUGAACAGC